CUGCCACUGAGGAAACCGUACAACCAACCAACCUUCGCUUCUCCUUUCUCCCCUGUGGUCUCUGGCUGGCAGGGCGCCCCAGAUCCCUGUGGCUUGAGCCCGCUUUCCCAGCCCUACACUGGAGGAGAGAUGCCUUGGACCAUUCUGCUGUUUGCAUCUGGCUCCUUGGCCAUCCCUGCACCGUCCAUCUUCCUGGUGCCUCCCUACCCAAGCAGCCAAGAUGAUCCCAUUUACAUCUCGUGUACAGCCCCAGAGGACUUCCUAGGGGCCAAUUUCACCCUGUACCGAGGGAGAGAGGUGGUGCAGCUACUGCAGGCCCCCUCAGACAGGCCUGGUGUAACAUUCAAUGUGACUGGUGGUGGCAGUGGUGACGGCGCUAAGGCUGCUGGGGGCAACUUCCACUGUCAAUAUGGCGUGAUGGGUGAACACAGCCAGUCCCAGAUGUCAGACCUCAGCCAGCCGGUACAGAUCUCCUUCCCAGUCCCUACCUGGAUCUUGGCGCUCUCCCUGAGCCUGGCUGGAACUGUCCUACUCCUCGCAGGGCUGGUGGCUGUCGCUGUGGUGGUCAGGAAAGCUAAAGUCAGAAACUUACAGAAGCAGAGGGAGCGUGAAUCCUGCUGGGCUCAGAUCAAUGUCACCAACACAGAUUUGUCCUUUGAUAACUCUUUGUUUGCCAUCUCCACGAAAAUGACUCAGGAAGACUUGGUGGCAACCCUGGAUGCACAUCCUAGCAACUCAGGGCCCCGAAAGAGGCCCACCUCUACAUCAUCCUCUCCGGAGCCCCCCGAGUUCAGCACUUUCCGGGUCUGCCAGUGAGGCUGAAGAAUACGGGACCCUUUGUCCAGUU